AUGCAACGUUUCAGCAACACAGUGAUCGGAUUCUUGAACUUUUUCACUCUCUUGGCAUCAAUACCCAUCAUUGGGGCAGGUCUAUGGAUGGCAAGGAGCACCACAACCUGUCAAAAUUUUUUCCAAACCCCACUUUUGGUGAUAGGGUUUGUGGUACUUGUGAUUUCCCUGGCGGGUUUCAUAGGGGCAUGCUUCCAUGUAGCAUGGGCAUUGUGGGUGUACUUGGUGAUCAUGGUGUUCCUCAUUGCCUUCCUCUUUGGUUUGACCAUAUUUGGCUUUGUUGUGACUGGCCAGGGUGGGGGAGUGGAAGUCCCUGGUAGGGUUUACAAAGAGUACCAUCUUCAACGUUAUUCACCAUGGUUGAGAAAUAGGAUCAAGGAUCCUCAGUAUUGGAGCACCAUUAGGAGCUGCAUUUUAGGGUCUAAGACAUGUGCAAAGCUUGCCUUUUGGACCCCUCUUGAUUACAUGCAGAGGGAUAUGUCCCCCAUUCAGUCCGGGUGUUGUAAGCCACCAACAGCGUGCAGUUACAACGAGGAAGCAGUGACAGUGACAGUGACGCAAGAUCCGGAUUGCUACAGUUGGAACAACGCCCCCACUCUGCUUUGCUACGAUUGCGACUCUUGCAAGGCUGGUGUGCUGGAAAACAUCAGAAGGGACUGGCACAAUAUCUCUGUUCUUAACGUCGUCGUCCUCGUCUUUCUCAUAUCCAUUUAUUCCAUUGGCUGUUGCGCUUUCAGAAACGCAAGACGAGCUCAAACUGAUUAUCCACAUGGUCAUAACCGCAUGACCAAAGUUAAACCCAGAUGGGAUUACUAUUGUUGGAGAUGGUGGUAUAACAAGAAGGAGGAGCUUUUUUGA